UUCCUGCGGCUCCUGCUGCUCCUGCUGCUCCUGCUGCUGCCCCGGCCGCCCGCGGCCCUGCGGCUGCUGCUGGACGCCGCGCCGCCCUUCACCUGCUCUCAGCCGGAUUUAAACUGCCUCGUAAGAAAUAGCACUUGCAUGGAGUCGAGCUGGCUGAAUAUUCCUGCUUGGACUCCUUCUGCUCCAAGCAGUCUCCAUGUUUCUUCAGAUGUUUUCCGUCAGGAGGAUGGAAAACUGUUCCCUGUGCUUCAGAUAGAGUGGAAAGUAGCCACGGAUGCCAGCAUCCGCUGUCUGGAAGGGGCAGAGCUCGCCGUGAUGCAGGUGAACAGCAAUCAGCAGAUCUGUGCCCAGUUUGACUUCCAGAACAAUUUGCCUCUUCAGGUCCGUCCAGAUGGAGGCCGGUGGAAUUUCACUUUUGACCGUUUUGAAGUAGAACCUGGCCAGACCUACCAAGUGACUGUCUAUCACCUGCCCAAACUGGGCGUCAAUGGGGACCACAAUUGCAAGUCCACGUCUCUCACAAUGCCUGACUGCACGGAUUCUCUGAUGAAGAGAACCAUCCCAUGUAUAAAGACAGGCAGCUUGUGGGAGCCCAGGAUCCAGGGUGAAAGUCUAGAUGAUACAACUCUGCUCGUGAGCUUCAACCCAUGGAUGGAGCCAGCCCGCUACCAAAUCCAUGUGGCCAGUUACCUGAAUGAGAAGAGGUGUAAAAUGACCACAUGGGAUUUCACUGAGGAUGGACUACAACAGCAAGUGAAUGUCACAAUCAAAAUAGACAAGAACAUAAAAGCUUGCUGCAGCUACAGAAUACAGAUUCAGCCAUUCUUUACAAACUGUGGCACAGACUGUCUGAGACACUCUGCUUUCAUCCCAUGUGAACCAGCUCCAAGUACAGAACCAUCAGAUGAUAUGAUGAUAUGGCUCUACUGGUGUAUCACUGGGAUCUGUGUGUUACUGGUGGGGUCAGUCAUAACAGCUGUGCUGUGUAUGACUAAAAUACGAGCAGGACGCCGGCGAGGGAAAUACAACCAUGACAGUUUGCAAGCUGCACCGUACACCGAGCUGUCCCUGCCACCCUUGAAGCCGCGGAAGGUUUGGAUUGUGUACUCUGCUGAUCACCUGCUCUACGUGGACGUGGUGCUGAAGUUUGCUGAGUUCCUGAUGACAGUCUGUGGUACUGCUGUAGCCUUGGAUCUGCUGGAAGACCACCACAUCUCAGAGCUGGGGCCCUUACCCUGGCUCAUGCGGCAGAAGAAGGAAAUGGAAGAGCUGUCUUCGAAGAUCAUAGUCUUGUGUUCUCAGGGAACCCAGGCCAAAUGGCAGGCCAUGCUCGGGGGUGAGCCUGUGUGUCUCAAGCAAGAUCAGCAAAAGCCGGUGGGAGACCUGUUUACCCCAGCCUUGAAUCUGAUCCUGCCAGAUUUCAAGAAACCAGCCUGUUUUGGAAUGUACAUAGUCUGCUACUUCGAGGGAAUAAGCAGUGAGAGGGAUAUACCUGAUCUGUUCAAUGUCACAUCCAGGUACCAACUGAUGGACAAGUUUGAAGAUAUUUAUUUUCGGAUUCAGGAUCUGGAGAAGUUUGAACCUGGGCGGAUCCAUCGAAUUCAGGAAAUCACAGCUGAAAAUUACAUCGAUAGCCCCAGUGGGAGGAAGUUGAAAGAAGCUAUAGUGAAGUUCAAGAACUGGCAGACUGAGCACCCAGACUGGUUUGAGAAUGAAACCAUCUGCUUGGAUAGUGAUGAAGAGUUGCAUUCCCUGAACAGAGAGAGCCAGGUGGAUUCACCAUUGAGUGAGCCAAGUGGAAUUGUGAAACACCAGCUGCACCUACGUGAACCUGACCCUGGCUGCUGUUACUUCAUCAACCUCCACAUGCACGAAGGUGAAAGUACAGGCUGCAAGCUGCAGCCUCAACUUAAUCCAUGUGGGGAUCCAAAUUCCCAGACUGUGGUCCUUCCUGUGGAUGUUCCUCAAAUCCAGGUAGUGGAGCCAGUCUCUUCCAUGGAAGAUAGAAAUAUACUCAGUCACCAUGUGCUGAACAAUGAAGACUGUAUGGAAGGAGUUCCUCUUCUGGAGACAAGCUUUCCAAUGAGGAAUAAUGUCAUCCUCCACAAUGGCUCUGAAGUUUCAGUAGCCGACCAGAGCCCUGCAAACUUCUCAGAUGAGCUGAGUGACCAUCUGAAUGGACUCAUGUACCCUCUUUAUCAGCAGAGCAUCAUUCCUUCAGAGCCAGAGUAUCUCUGCCAGGGGGAGGCUGACAGGCAGCACCAGCUGGUCUUUGAUGACCAAUGCAAAGACCAGAGACAGUCAGUGCAGUCAGACCAGGGCUACAUCUCCAGAUGCUCCCCUCUGCCUCCUGAGGACCUUCUAGAGGAAGAGGAGGAAGAGGAGGAGGAGGAGCAUCAGGAACAACAGGUGGGCAUCCAUGAACUCUCUCCAGAGGUGUUGAACAGUCUAAAGAGCCUCCAGAAGCAGCUGUUUUUCCAGGACAUUCAGAGGAGCUCUAGCUGGAGCUAUCCGGCAGAGGUGAUGGACAUUGACCAUUCUUUGGAGGACUGUUAGGCUCUGCCUGGGACCUGCUCUGUUUGAAAUACAGGGAUGGAAGGUGGUCCCAUACAGAGCAGUACUGAGACUGCAUUUCCAGCCCUAUCUCUCUCCUUGCAUUGUAUAUGGCUUAGUGCUGGGAUCUUCCUGUGUGCUGCUGAGAUACAGCACUGCACAGCAGACAUGGAAUGUUGCUUCCAGUCUCUGUAGAGAGAAGCCACAAAUAUUGGCCUCCUCGUGAAAGAAUAGGUGGUGGUUCUGUUCUGUGGGGAAAAGCAUUACACUGAAUUCUCACUGAUGGAUGGCAGAAAAAUUACUAUGGCUCAUCCACUCGUGCCUUCAAAAUGCCUUCCAGCUGUGCUGAUUCUAUUGCACUGGAUAAAAGUCACAGGCGUGGUUUAGAAAAUAGGUUUAGAUAACAUGGUAACAUUUGCAUUGCCAUUUUAAUGCACCUUUUAAACAUUUCCUUGUAAAAACUGUGUCAAAGAUGUGCGUCUUAAAUUUCAGCUAGAUUACGGCUGUCUCUACCUGAUUGAUAAAUGGGCCUGGAGAUUUUUCUUCCACCACUCAUUUGCAGCUGCAUUUCCAUGGUCAUUCAGAAAUCAAGUGGAGUAGCUGAGAGUAAGUGGGAUAAAUGCUUAAAUAGAGAGUCUCCAUAACUCUUCCUGACUCUCUACUGGGAGGUAUGUGCUUGAAAGCCAGCAACAGCAGGGAGGGGGAAGACGAGACCAAAAAAUGGAAUUUGGGAUUUUUUUACGGUUUUAAGAAAUGUGGGGCUGAAUACAGAAUCACAGAAUCAGGGGAAUCUGAUGUUUUCUGUGACACACUGCUGCAGUUCUGUUUGCUUUUGGGUAUCUUAGCACCAGAAAGAUGUGAACUGAAGAUACAGAUAGUGACACACAAGGAAAUGAAAGACUAUUUUGGAGGAGGAAGAAGUGUAGCCUCAGCAGAUGCUGUUUUAAAGUGGAAAUUAUAUCCAAGUUAAGGGAGGCUGAGCAAAAACGACUGCAAGAUAUACUUGUGUGGGUUUAAGCUUAAGCACAGGUUGUUCAGGUUAACCACAGUAAAAUACUGAACAGACUAAUGGAUUCAUCUCCCAGGAGCAGUGAUGGCAUUUACCCUGUUUCUUAUCACCCUGUUUCUGCAGCUUACUGGAUAACAACCAGUGAGAUGUAAAUACAUUGAGGCCUUUCUCCUUUGUCGUCUUCCUGUCCAUCUAAGUUUACUUGUUAAAAAAUCUUUUAUCUCAGCUUUUUUAAAGUCUAAUGUCUCAGAAAAGAACCUGUUCUUUUGACUUGAAAUGUAUUUUGUAUUGUGUAUAUUUUAUAAUUUUGUGUCGAACCUGUGGGGUUUUUUUCCUUAAAUUAAAAACCAUGAAUACUU